CACUACUGCGCGACGCUGGUAGCCCCGCCAAAGCACCCGCUGGACCCUGUGCGUCCGGCUCAGCUCCUCCUGCUAACUACCUAGCCCAUCCCGCUCCAAUUCCCGGGCUUACUCGCCCCCUGCUGCCUUUCGCGCGCAUUCACUCCCUCCUCCGCCCGCACCUAUUCCUGGCCCCCGCGCCCGCUCUACAUACUCGUGCCUGGUCUCCCUCCCCGUUCUUGACUCGCUCGCCGUCAUCACCGCCUGCUGCUGGCAGCCUCUCGCAUACAAUCCCUCACCCCUCCUUGGUGCGACCUGAGCGCGCAUCGCCAAUAUGGUCCACCUGUCCUCCCGUCUAUCCCUCCCCAACCGCCUCAAGGGCAGUAGCACCUCGCUCAACAAGGACGCCAAGGACUCUGGCGAGCCGCUGUCGCUCAGUCGCAGCACCAGCCCCAAGCUCGCCUUGGGCGACAAUCGCCAGGCCAAUCUGGUCCUGAGAACCACUGUCCUCAAGGGCCGGGAUCUCGCCGCCAAGGACAGGGGCGGCACCAGCGACCCCUACAUUGUCCUCUCGCUCGCAGACGCUCGGGAGGCCACCUCGUCGGUCCCCAAGACGCUCAACCCGGAAUGGAACCAGACCUUCGACCUGCCCAUCGUGGGCAUCGAGAGCCUCCUGCUCGAAGUGGUGUGCUGGGAUAAGGACAAGUUUAGCAGCGACUACAUGGGCGAGUUCGACGUGGCACUCGAGGAUCUCUUCCAGAAUGGCAGCGUUACUUCCGAGCCACGGUGGUUCGCACUCGAAACACGCAAGAAAGGCAAGAAGAAAAGCAUUGUUUCCGGCGAGGUCCUGCUGCAAUUCUCCAUAAUCGACCCGAUCCACACCUCUGCGACGCCGGACCAGCUGUGGCAGAAGUUCUUGGGUGUUGCGGCCACCGCAACCACUCCUGGCUUGGAAGACGAAGAGCUCGAGCGUUUGGAGAGCGGAGACCUUGAGAGCGAAACCGAAGAGGAGGAUGCGUCGGACGAGAUCGAUGACACUAAAAAGGCUGAAAAGAAGGAAAAGAAGCGCAAGAAGCUGCGCCUUGCCAAGCUGAAAAAGAAGGUCAAGGAGAGGGCGUACGAAUUCAAUGGAAACUCUGACGUCGCCGGCGUUCUGUUCCUUGAGAUCCAGAAGAUUACGGACCUGCCUCCCGAGAAGAACAUGACGAGGACCGGAUUCGACAUGGAUCCUUUCGUGGUCAUAUCCCUGGGCAAGAAGACCUACCGCACGAAGGCCAUACGUCACAACCUCAAUCCCGUCUAUGACGAAAAGCUUGUUUUCCAGGUCAUGAAGCACGAAACGCAUUAUUCCCUCAACUUCGCCGUCAUCGACAAGGACAAGCUAUCCAACCACGAUUUCGUCGGAACGGGCGACUUUCCUCUGCAGAAAUGCGUGUCCGUCGCCCCCGAAGCGGAUCCUUACAAUGGUUUGUACAAGCUUCCAGAGCCGCGGCUCGAGAGCAACGAGCAGCAGCAGCCUGCGCAGCAGGAAGCCAAGAGGUCCCGUUUCAGAAUGCCGCUCUCGCGGUCAGCGUCGUCGACUAGUCUGUCCAAGAGCAAGCCGAGCUUGAAGAAGGAGAGCUCAAAUGCCUCGCUGUCGCAACAAUAUGUGCCCCCGCCAGCACCGGAGCCACCAUUGUCGCCCACCAGCAUAUACUCUCAGGGGCCUCCCACGAGCGCACCUAUCAACGUGCCUAGGAGCGAUGGCUCGUCCCAGCCCGUCCCUGCGAUCAGUGUAGAAGGAUCCAGUGGAGAAGAUGACGGGUUCAAGGAUUUUGAAAUAGCGCUGGACCUCAAGAAUGAGCGCUGGGAAGAGAAGCAUAACCCUGUUCUCUACAUCAAGGCCAAGUAUAUGCCGUACCGGGCGCUGCGACAGCAAUUCUGGCGCGCAAUGCUCAAGCAGUAUGACGCAGACGACAGUGGCUUUAUUGAUAAGAUUGAGCUAGUUACGAUGUUGGAUACAUUGGGCUCGACGCUUCAUGACGAGACGAUUGACUCCUUUUUCGAUCGGUUUGCGGAUCAGAACAACGGCGAGGGCUACUUGACAUUCGACCAAGCCGUCAUCUGCCUCGAGAAACAAAUCGAGCAAACACAAUGGCGCCAAGGAAGUUCUUUGUCGAUGAGGGGCAUGCCAGGCUCCUUCCCAGGCUCAUAUACCCCAAAUAUGGGUCGCACACCAAGCUCAUCAUCUCCAUCAUUGGCUUCCGCCUCUGGCACACCUAUCAACAGUCAAUCUCAGACCUCAGUGAUCCCUGCUCUGGAACAAGAUUAUCUAGGCGAGGGCGGCGAAGAAGGCGAUUACUUGGGAAGAGACGACCUGGCUGACGAGAGGGAUGAGGAGCACGUCGUAGAGAUCCGCGAGUGCCCCAUCUGUCACCAGCCGCGUCUGAACAAGAAGUCGGAUGCCGACAUCAUUACGCAUGUUGCUACUUGCGCCAGCCAGGACUGGAGGCAGGUCAAUAACAUCGUCAUGGCUGGCUUUGUGACUUCCAGCCAGGCGCAGAGGAAGUGGUACUCUAAGGUCAUCACCAAGGUCGGAUACGGUGGCUACAAGCUUGGCGCCAACUCCGCGAACAUUCUGGUGCAGGACCGUAUCACUGGCCAGAUCAACGAGGAACGCAUGAGCGUGUACGUGAGAUUGGGCAUUCGCUUGCUGUACAAGGGCCUCAAGAGGGGCGAGAUGGAGAGCAAGAAAGCCCGUAAGCUGCUCAAGUCUUUGAGUAUAAAGCAAGGAAAGAAAUACGACGAUCCUGCCUCUGCCGUUGAGAUCGCCGGUUUCAUCAACUUCCAUCAGCUCGACAUGUCCGAGGUGCUUCUCCCCAUCGAGCAAUUCAAAAACUUCAACGAAUUCUUUUACCGCGCGCUCAAGCCAGGCGCGCGUCCUUGCUCGGCACCAGAGGACCCUCGCAUCAUCACUUCGCCCGCCGACUGCCGUAGUGUGGUCUUCAACAACAUCUCGCACGCGCAGGAGGUCUGGGUCAAGGGCCGCGCCUUCACCAUCGAGCGCCUGCUGGGUAAGGCGUACCCAGAGGACGUCAAGCGGUUCGAAGGUGGCGCACUAGGCAUCUUCCGUCUCGCACCGCAGGACUACCAUCGCUUCCAUAUCCCUGUCGAUGGUGUAAUGGGCGAGCCUAAGACCAUCGAGGGCGAGUACUACACCGUGAACCCUAUGGCCAUCCGCUCAGCGCUAGACGUGUACGGCGAGAACGUCCGUGUUCUGUGUCCCAUUGACAGUGUCGCCCACGGCAGGGUCAUGGUUGUAUGUGUCGGUGCAAUGAUGGUCGGUAGCACUGUCAUCACGCGUGAGGCGGGUGAGCAGGUUACCAGGGCUGAGGAGUUGGGUUACUUCAAGUUCGGUGGCAGUACUAUUCUGCUGCUUUUUGAGCCGGGUGUCAUGCGGUUCGAUGAUGAUCUCGUUGACAACUCGAACACGGCAUUGGAGACCUUGGUACGCGUUGGCAUGUCCAUCGGUCACAGCCCCAACCGGCCCCCGCACACGCCAGAUAUGCGCAAGGAGAACCCGUCGAACGAGGAGAAGCAGGACGCCAAGCGUCGUAUCGAAGGCAGUCUGGCGCCGGAAACGGGUGCUGGCCCUAUGACUGCAAACAUGCAGUAGACUUCCGUAGCACUUGUGAUAAUGACGGUGUCCGGCUGGGUUACGACGGGUUGGGAGUGGUUAUAGCGUUGUAGCGUGGCGGGAUCUUGUUGGCUUCUCUGGCUCCUCUUUUUCUUCUUGAAUGAAAUGCAAGCGGAUUGAUUCUAGAUGAGUGGAUGGUAGAUGGAUGAUG